AUGGGAUAUAAGAUAUAUUCUAACUCUGACUUAGUUCAAACAGUAACAUGGGCAAACUAUGAAUGGUUCGCUUUGAGAAACUCAGUACAACCACAAGCUAGAGAACAAACAGACCAGUAUGCAACUAUUGAGAAAAUAAGAAGACUUGACCCUAACGUUCCAGGAGUUUAUGUUGACCUUUCUGGACAAAAUGCAGCAGCAGUAACCAAAGUAAAAUUGAAACUUAGAGUUCCUUUGUCAUCUUUCCUCAUCUUCAGGUUUUUAAGAUACUUGCCAAACUGGGCAGGAAAAAUUUCUAUCGAACUUACUCCAAGCAAAAAUAACUUAGUCAUUGCACCAACACAAGACCCAUUCACUCUUACAGAAGUAGUGGGAACAAAUAAAAUGUCAUUCGCCGACUUUUGCAAAAACAAAGUUGACUUAGACUUUGGUUUCUCAAACCUCAACACUGAAGUAAACUAUUAUUUCAAUGCUGCUGGAGAUGCUUGGGACCCAGUUAAGUUCACAUGCGAAAAAUUUGAAUGCAAGAGAAUAGAAAGCAGACUUGCAGUCUAUAUGUUGGACCCAGAUAUUUCAAAUGCUUUAGCUGCCAAAUAUAUUGCAGUUCCACUUAUGUUCCCUAUACACCAAAUAUCUGUCAAAGACUUUGCAGGUGAAGUUGGAAACCAAAGUGCUGACCCAGGUGCAAGAACAGAUAUUGCCUUAACAACUGCAAUGAAACAUGCAGAUACUAUGUUUGUACUGUUCAGACGAACUAUAAAUGACUAUUCUUGCUUCUACAACCCUG